CGCUUCUCCUGUGAACAUGGGCUGGGGUGACCAUCACAUGGUCACCUACCGAACCGCCGAAAACUCUGUGCCCAUCGUCCACAAUCCAUCGCCACACCUAUCACGCUCCCCAUCAAGAAUCCAGUACCCGACUACCAAGGCGCUGGUAGCAGCUUCCCGGCUACGGGCCGUCUUCCAACCGAACGCCCCUACGAUCACCGUGUCCCGCUCGAAUUCGCUGAAUCGGCCCACGCAACCACCACCAGGGGUUCCAUCUGAACCGAGGGAUUCCGCGCUACAAGCACUCUACGAGGAGCACGGAGCCGAGAUGGGGAUACGGACGGAACCGAUAGAGCAUCACUACGUCGUGCCACCCGAUUCCCCGGCCGAAAAACCACCACCUCCUAUCCCAAAAGCCUCGCCAGUCGCCGCGACGUCGAAGAUUCAGCGUUCCGAGUCGAUGAACAGACCGCCGACGAUUCCGCCACCGCCGCCACCUGUGUCGCUGAUAAGCCCAAAUUCGACAAGCCCUCCAAUCGACGAU